UUUUUAUAAAAAGUUCAACUGAGUCAACUGCUCAAAGAGUGAAAAGUUCAUUCUGAAAUAUGCAGAGAUCUGGCAACAUUGGCUUGGAGUAACUGCUACUUUUAAAGAAAAUUACAAGAAAUGUUAAUUAUUUAUAGUGAAAUUGGCAACUCUCACCACAAAUGUUGAUUGUGUCAUUCUAGCACAUUUGUGAUCUAUCAUUUUGCAUUAAGUAGCGCAUUUAUUUAAAAUUGUGAGUAUAACUGAUGUCGAGGGAGAGUUUUUAGCGGAAGCCGUAAUUCCUUUUCCAGUUUCAUGGGACUUCAAUUUCAUAUUAUCUGGCAUCUCUUGAUUGAUAUUUAUUGAUUUAGUGCGUAGAAAGAAGGAAAAGUUGUGAAAAUGGUGAAACUGUUGGAAAAAGCCGGUUGCAUGCAACUCCGCACAGCUGGAAUAUGUAUUGGCUGGCUAGGUGUGGUUGGCAGCGUUUUGUUUUUCAUUUGCUCGGUCGUUGUUAUUGCAAAUUCCGGUCAGAACCUUGAUGGAAUGCUAAAGAAAACUGGAUUCGAACAGGAAUCGCAUGGAACAAUUAAGCAAUUUAUUCUCCUAUUCGCCUAUAUCUACAUGGGUGCUUCAUUCUUAAGUUGCGUGGCAUCAGGAUUACUCAUUUUCGGUACAAUGAGGGACCGGCAUUUGAUGUUAUUGCCUUGGUUGACAUUCAGUGGCCUUGGCGUUGCUUCCAGUUUUAUAAAUUUGUUGAAUGCCGCGAGUGGCUUUCUUCAAAGCCCAAAGGGCGGUUUCGAUCUAUGCCUUGCAUCGUUUACUUGGGUUGUGCAGACCUACUUGUACUUAGUAAUUUACUCACUAUACAAAAAUAUUCAAACGAAAAACGAAAACGGUCGCGAUUUAGUUCCAUCUACAGAAGCAGCAAUACCAUUGCAACAAAACGUUCCCGCUUGUGGCAACUAUUAUAAGGCCUAAGUUCGGGGAAGCCCCAUACAUCCUGCAUUUGCAUGCAAUAUAUGGAUGUUAAGCAAUCGGGUUUCUCAACACGAUAAAAAAAAAUUUCGAAU